UUAGUAUUAAAAAAACUUAAAACAAUAAAGAACUUAAAAUGCCACGCUGGCAUUUAGUAUUAUUCAGUAUAUUCCUGAUCAUUGCGAUUAGCUUAGCUUCAAAGCCUUCAGAAACUGAUAGCUCUUUUCAAUCAAGCAGUUCUUCAAACUCAAAAAGCUCAUCUGACUCGAAUUCUCAAAAUUCAACCUGCUAUCUACCAAACUGCAGAAAAUGUGACAUCCUAGAUCUUGAGAGCUGCACCUGCACUCCAGUAUUCGUAAAAUGUGCUAAAGGAUUUACGUUUGAUGAAGAAAGUUGCAAUUGCAUUGAAUCAGGUCCAGAUUCAUCUUUAUGUCCAGAUUUGAAAUGUCCAGAAGGUCAACACAUCAAUGAAGCUCGUUGUGAAUGUACAGACAAAAUUUGUCAAACUUUUGUUCCAUGUCCGUCAAAUACGAUACUGGACUUGGAGACAUGCGAAUGUAUUUGCAAUCUUGAUCCAAACUUAUGUCCGGAUUACUAUAUCUUUGACGAGUUUAAUUGUUUAUGUCGACAUCCAGUUUGUGACCCACCUGGCCCUUGUCCUGGAAGUUCUGUUUGGGAUACAGAGCUUUGUCAAUGUAAAUGUACCCAGAAAGAUUGUGAAAAAGACUUCAUUUUUGAUGUAGCUGGAUGCGACUGUGUAUUAAUAAAUUCAACAGAGUCUUCAGCAACUGAACAUGAUACAAAAUCAGAAUUGACAUCAUCAGAAUCACACUACAAUUGUGAUCCACCAAGUCUAUGUCCAGGCUUAUCAUCAUGGAAUAAACAUGAUUGUGCAUGCGUUUGUGCUGUUAAAGUCAAAUGUUUUGCUGAUCAUAUAUUCAAUAAUGAAACGUGUCAAUGUGAAAACCCAAAUGGAACUUCUUCAUCCUCAGUAUUCGAAUCAUCUACUGAAAUUUCAAUUGAAUCACCAAAUGAUCCUUCAUCCUCAUGUAACAUACCCGAUUGUAAGCCUUGUGACUUCUUUGAUGCAGAAGAAUGUUAUUGCUACAAAAUUGCUAUAGACUGCAUUCCUGGAUAUUGGUUGGAUGACGAAGGAUGCAGUUGUGUGCCAAUGCCUGGUUAUAAUGAAUGUUUUGAAAUAAUUCCGUGUUUAGAAACACAAACUUGGAAUUCAGAAGCUUGCAAAUGUCAGUGCAAAGAAAAUUUUGAAUGUAAGCAGGGAUAUGUAUUCAAUGCUGAUGCAUGUUUAUGUAUUCCUGUUUACGAAUCAGAAACGUAUCCAUCACAAUCGUGUCUUAUUGAAAGAUGUGGAUCCUGUGAGUAUUUGGAUAAAAACAUCUGUCAAUGCAUCAAGUAUGAAGUGAGUUGUGAAUAUGGCUUUGGACUUAAUUCAGAAACAUGUGCAUGUGAAGCUAUACCCGGAUUUAGUCUAUCAUCUUCUUCUGAGUCACAAUCGUGUCCUCUGAAUAGUUGUGGAUCCUGUGAGUAUUUGGAUAAAAACAUCUGUCAAUGUAUCAAGUUUGAAGUGAGUUGUGAAUAUGGCUUUGGACUCAAUUCAGAGACAUGUGCAUGUGAACCGAUACCCGAAUUAAGUCUAUCAUCUUCUUCUGAGUCACAAUCGUGUCCUCUGAAUAGUUGUGGAUCCUGUGAGUAUUUGGAUAAAAACAUCUGUCAAUGUAUCAAGUUUGAAGUGAGUUGUGAAUAUGGCUUUGGACUUAAUUCAGAAACAUGUGCAUGUGAAGCUAUACCCGGAUUUAGUCUAUCAUCUUCUUCUGAGUCACAAUCGUGUCCUCUGAAUAGUUGUGGAUCCUGUGAGUAUUUGGAUAAAAACAUCUGUCAAUGCAUCAAGUUUGAAGUGAGUUGUGAAUAUGGUUAUCGACCUAAUGAAGAAGGGUGUUAUUGUGAACCGAUACCUGGAUUCAGUUCUCCAUCAGAAUAUGAUUCAUCAAUGCAGUCUUCUUUGUCGGAAUCAUCUUCGUGUUCUAUCCCUGACUGUAGAUGGUGUGACCAUUUAGACUUAGACAACUGUGUUUGCAAUAGAAGAAUGUUUGAAUGUCCUUAUAAUUAUCAUAUCAGCGACGAUGGAUGUUCAUGCGUAUCAAACGAAAGUGUAAGUUUCCCAACAUCUCCUUCUUCUUCUUAUUCUUGUGAGCAAUAUACUUCAUGUCCAGAAAAAACUACUUGGAAUCGAGAAACGUGUGAAUGUCAAUGCAUUGAGAAUAUUCUUUGUAUUCAAAAUUAUACUUUUAAUCCAACGACAUGUGAAUGUGAACCGACUUUUGAAGGAUCCACAAAACCUUCAUUUAAUUCUGCAUCUUUAAUAUCAUCAUGCUCCUCCAAUCCUGAUUGCAGAUGGUGUGAUUAUAUGGAUGUCUCGACCUGUGAAUGCUAUAAAAUUGCCAUUGACUGCACAAUCGGAUAUGAAUUGAGUUCAGAUGAAUGUUCUUGCAUCCCGAUUUCUGGAUUUAGUUAUCCAUCAUUUGAGGAACCAUCUAGUGAAAGUUCUGGUCCUAUACCUACAUUCCCAUGCUUACCUACUUCACCUUGUCCAGACAAACAUUUCUGGAAUCAAAAAACUUGCUCGUGUGAAUGCCGUGAGCAAAUAGAAUGCAGCUCUAAUUAUGAGUUGAGUUUAAGAACGUGUAAAUGUGAACCGAUCAUCGAAACAACCCAAUCUUCAGAAUCGUCAUCAGUUUCUGAUAGUUCAUGUUUUAUUCCAGACUGUAGAUGGUGUGACUUCUUAGAUUAUGACAAUUGCGAAUGCCACAGAAUUGAGUUCGAAUGCUUGGAAGGCUUUCAAAAAAGUAAAGAUGGUUGUAGCUGCUUUUCUAUUUCGAAUGGGAAUUUAACACUUCCACCAUCAGUGCAGAGUUCAUCACCUUGUUUCAUUGAGUCGUGUCGAUGGUGCGAUAUAAUAAACAUUGAUAACUGCACAUGUCAGAGAGCUUUUAUAGAUUGUGCAUCGGGUUUUGAACUAAGUUCUGAUGGAUGCAGUUGCAUCAAAUCCUCUGAAAAUUCAAGCAGUUCUUCAGCUGCUGUAUCAAAUAAUUCAUCCAGUUCCUCAUCAUUUUCAAAUAGUUCAUCAUCAUGCUCUUUACCAUUUUGCAGAUCGUGUGAUGUUUUAGAUACUGAAAAUUGUGUCUGUCAUACAAUAGUCAUUGAUUGUGCUGAAGGAUUUAAAUUAAGCGACGAUGGAUGCAGUUGCGAAUGGGUUGGACUUUCAUCUUCCUCAGAAUCAGUCAGUUCAACAUCUGAUGCAUGUGGAUCAAGUCCUCCUCCAUAUUGUAGAUGGUGUGAUCAUUAUGAUGCUGAAAGUUGUAUAUGUCAUAUGAGAUAUGUGGACUGUGGUUGGGGUUAUGAUCUUAGCCCAGAUGGAUGUACUUGUAUUGAAUCAAAUAAUACAAGUUCUUCUGAUUCCAUCAGUUCUUCAAGUUCUAGUGAUGUUACUUCAGAAACUAGAUCAAUGAAUUCACCAAGUCCAAUUCCUUGCUCACUUCCAUCUUGUAGGUCGUGUGAUAUCCUUGAUACUGAAAACUGUAUGUGUCACAAAAGAGUUGUUGAUUGCUUCCAAGGAUAUGAACUUAGUGAAGAUGGUUGUGAAUGUGUAAAGUCAACUUCGACAUCCGAAAAUUGUCCUGGCAUUUAUUGCAACAAAGGAACUUAUAUUGAUGCAAAUACCUGUCAGUGCAUGAAUGAUGCAUGCAAAGUUAAAGAUCCAUGCCCAGAUAAUUUAUCUAUGGAUGCACAGACAUGUGAAUGCUAUUGUCAUCUCAACCCUACAGACUGUUCCUUUCCGUACACAUUUGAUUAUGCAAACUGCAAAUGUCGUCAUCCUCCAUGUGAUCCACCUGGUCCAUGUCCAAAUAAACUUUCAUGGGAUCCAGAGAACUGCAAAUGUCGAUGCAUUCAAAACAAAGCAUGUGAUGCAAAUUUUAUUUUUGACUCUGAUUCUUGUGACUGCGUUUGCGAUCCAAAAAUGAUGAAUACAACUUGUCCAUCAGGAUCUGUCUAUGACUCUUUGCUUUGUGACUGUAUUGAAGAAAUUGAUUGCUAUGAUAUGAAUGAUCCAGCUUGUGCUUGUGAGUGUGAGGAAGUUUUAGAUUGUCCACCAGGCAAAGAAUUUGAUUUGGAUUACUGUGAAUGCUUAUGUCCAUAUUAUGAAGAAGAUCCAUGUGAAGAUGGCUUUAUGACUAGCGAUGAUACAUGCGAAUGUAUUAAAAAUCCAUAUCAUGAAAAAUAAUUGUUCAUUUUUAAAAGUUUUCCAAUUUUUUGACUAAUAAAUAUCCGUAAAUUGUACACUAGUAC